UUUGAUCAAGUUCACGCUAGUAAUAAGCCAUCUCCACAAAGAAGUUCGUCUGUGCAGGCGUCUCAUGAUAGAAGUCUACCUGUGCAACAAUCUUUUUGCAUAGAUUCUCCUGUGCCACAACAACCAUCUGUAAGUACAGAUUCUGUAACAUUAGCUAGUACAGCUACCCAACAAAGACAAUCAAAAGAACUUGAAGCCAAACGUAUUAGAUUAAAGUGUUUAGAAACUGAGAUUGAGAUUCGGAAGCAAACAGCAGAGUUAGAGGCACUGUUAGAGUUGAAAAGUGCUCAAAGUGACUAUCUGUUAAGUUUAGAUGAUCAUGAUCAGACUUUAGUUAAAAGAAUAGAUUCUGAUGAACGAUUCCGUAGGGACACAAAGACAGACUCUAAUAACAACAACCAUGUAACUUUUUCAUCUAGUACUCCACAUGGUCAGGCUAGCCAAAGGUUCACAAGUGAUAAUUAUGAACAACCAAGUCAUAUUGAACCAGUGUCAACGCUAAAUGCAUCUGCUUCAGCAUUUAAACCAAGAACAAUAGAUGAUUCAACCUUACAAUCUGCCACUGGACUAAGUCGCUUUUUGAUUAAGAAAGAUCUCAUCUUAAAUCGCCUAUCGAAAUUUGACGAUAAUCCCAUGCUAUAUGUUUCAUGGAAAAUAAGUUUUAAGGGCAUCAUGCUAGAAUUAGACACUUCAUCUACAGAAGAACUCGAUUUAUUAGUACGUUGGCUGGGGCCUGAGUCAUCAAAACAUGCGUCAACCAUUCGUGCAUGUAAUGCGAUAAAUCCAGGUUUAGCAGUUGAGAAAAUUUGGGAACGACUAGAACAAAGGUUCGGUUCGCCAGAAGUCAUAGAGACAUGCUUAAAAAGAAGAAUUUCGUCAUUCAAGGUCAUUGACAAACAAGACCCAAAACGCUUAUAUGAGUUAGCAGACCUUGCUUCUGAAAUAGCUUCAAUAAAAUGUCAACCUCAGUAUAACAUUCUGUUUUCGUAUUUUGACUCCUCGACAGGAGUUAAUCUCCUCAUUUCCAAACUGCCAUGGAAUCUCCGUGAGAAAUGGACAUCAGAUGCAACAAGAUACAAGGAACGAGAACAAUGUGUCUAUCCUCCGUUUACAUUUUUCGAACAAUUCAUACAGAGAAUCGCUAAAAUGAAGAAUGACCCAAGUUUUCAACUUACCGGUACUCAUGAGAAAACAAGUAGUGCAAGCGAACAAGAUCGCACGUAUAGGAAAUCGUACAGAAAUGUGAACAUUUCUACUCAUAAAACAGAAACAAUUGCAGAGGAAAGAAAAACAAACAAUGAGUUACACAAGGAAAAUUUGUGCCCGAUACACAAGACAAAUCAUCUUCUUAAUGAUUGUAUGGCAUUCCGGAAGAAACCCUUAUCGGAAAGACGAAACUUUAUUCUAACAAACAGUAUUUGUUUCAAAUGUUGUGGUCCAACAAAGCAUAGGGCUGCAAACUGUAAAUGUGACAAUAUUAAAUGUGCUAUAUGUAAGAGUCAAUCACAUCCCACAGCACUUCAUGUGGAGGUCUCAGUCCAAGAAGGGGAGGGGACCAAGGACUCUGGUGAUGAUGUUAAGGUGUCGUGUACACAGGUGUGUGGGUAUCCUGAAAAUACAAGCAAAUCAUGCGCCAAAAUUAUUCCGGUAAAAAUUGUAAAUCACAACAUGCCUGAAAAACAUCGUAUUGUAUACGCAAUGAUUGAUGAUCAGAGUUCGCAUACAUUAGCAACAUCUAAUCUCUUUAACGCAUUCCAGGAUCAUGGACCUGAUAUUAAUUAUUCGUUGAUUUCUUGUGCUGGUAAAGUUCAAGCGAGUGGUAGGCAAGGAACUGGAUAUUCUGUUCAGUCUUUAGAUGGAAGUUGUAUGUAUAAAUUGCCAAACAUUAUAGAAUGUAAUGACAUUCCUUGCAACCGAGACGAGAUUCCGUCUACAGAAAUUGCGUUUCAAUAUCCCCAUCUCAAAUCAAUAUCCAAAUAUAUUCCUAAAGUGAUGGAAGACAUAGAAAUAGAGCUAUUAAUUGGUCGAGACAUAUCUGCAGUGCAUUAUGUUUUAGAUCAGAGAACUGAGGGAGACCGGCUCCCAUUUGCACAAAAGUUACCCUUAGGUUGGGUCAUUGUUGGACAAGUCUGUCUUGGAAAUGCACAUAUGCCUGAAAUAACUGUAUACAAAACAUACAUCACAAAUAGCGGUCGACCAACAUUAUUUGAACCUUGUCAAAGUAAAAUUAAGGUUGAAACCGAUUUGUUUAUAAAAACAGAUAAGGAUAACAAAAUAGGACUUUCAGUGGACGAUACACGUUUUCUAAGGUUAAUGGACUCUGAGUUUGAAAAAGACACUGAUGGGCAUUGGACCGCACCUUUGCCAUUUCGUAAGAAUAUUCAACCAUUGCCAGAUAACAAAGCUCUUGCGUUAAAACGCGCCAAUUCUCUUGACAUGAAUUUCCGCCGUAAUCCUACUAAGUUGGAACAUGUGAAGUCGUUUAUGGACAAAAUAUUUGAACGUGGUCAUGCUGAAAAAGCACCAAGCCUAUUACCGAAUGAUAAGCGAUGGUAUUUGCCCAUGUUCGGGGUAUACCAUCCUCGAAAGCCAGAAUCUAUCAGAGUUGUUUUUGAUUCGUCCGCUCAAUUUGGAGGUGUAGCCCUCAAUGAUGUGUUAAUGUCGGGCCCAGACUUGUCGAAUAGUCUUCAAGGAGUUCUGCUUAGGUUUCGUCGUGAACGCGUUGCAGUAACCGCUGAUGUGGAACAAAUGUUUCAUAACUUCCGUGUUAAGACCGAUCAUCGCAACUAUCUUCGUUUCUUAUGGCACCCAAAUAGUGAUUUAAGUAAACCUCUGGAGGAGUUUAGAAUGACAGUUCAUGUAUUUGGCAACAGCCCUUCACCAGCUGUUGCCACAUAUGGUUUGCGUAGAUCUGUCCAAACGGCAUCUCUAGACGUUCAGAAAUUUGUAUCUAAGAAUUUCUACGUCGAUGAUGGACUAAUAAGUUGUUCAAGUGUGUGCGAAGUCGUUGAUUUAGUGAAGAAUACACAAAGUGAAUUGAUGAAAGGCGGCAGAUUAAGACUACACAAAAUUGCGUCGAACUCAACAGAAGUACUUAAACAAUUUGCUAAAGAUGAUCUUGCGAAAGACUUGAAAAACAUUGACAUUGACGAAGAGAGUUUACCGUUGCAAAGAAGUCUAGGCAUAUCAUGGGACAUUAAUUUAGAUGCCUUUGUAUUUAGUGUCGAUACAGAACCGAAGCCAUUCACGCGCCGUUGGGUGCUCUCUACUAUCAACAGCUUAUUCGACCCCAUUGGUUUUACCGCACCAGUAACUCUAGAAGGAAAGUUAUUGCUACGCGAGAUUAUGUCAUGCUCUUCAUCUACCGACUGGGAUGAUCCGCUAGAGGAAGAUUUUCAUAAACGCUGGAAAUUAUGGGUUGACUCGUUGAAGAACCUUUGUGAUUUGUGUAUUCCAAGAAUGUAUUGUAUUUAUUCAGUUGAGAAUGCAAGUAGGUUAGAAGUUCAUGUUUUUUGUGAUGCAUCGAAGGAAGCUGUAGCCGCCGUUGCGUACUAA